GGGACAUCGUGCGGAUCGAACGUCUGGCGCUGCGUUCACGCGACUCGUACGCUGCAGGGAACCAGUUACCAGUUACCAGUGAGUCCAGUGACUACCGUGAACAGUGACCAGUGAUUCAGACAGUGAACGAAUAACAGCCCGAGAAUUGUUGCAUUUACGGAAUCGCAUGGAUAUUGAAAAAGUUUUAUGAAGAAGAUGCGAAGGCCCGACUCCUGACAGAGUCCAGACCCAGAUCCCCAGUCCAGUUGCGAGUCCUUGGGAGGGACUCCGAUCUGAUUUGCAGGAUUGAGCAGGCCGAGCGAUAACCAUAACUGGAAUAGCGGCCAAAGCAAUUUGAAUUUGUGCAUGCAGCGCAUGGAGCGAGAAAGAGAACGCUGCCGUGUACACACUCUAUCUCUGUCUGUUUCCGGUCGCCUGCAACUGUGUGAGUGCGUGUCCGUGUUCGAGCUGUGUGUGUGCGUGUGUAUUUCGUGUAAAUAAAUGCAAUGCAAAAGGGGAAACAGAAAUAGCAACAUCAGAAGAAACAGGAAUAACAAGCGAAAUGGCAAAAAGUGCAGUUAAGCGUGGAAAUUGCAUUAAAAAUUGAGCAAAAAAUUGCGAAAAACAAAAAGUGGCGAAAAGACAAAAAACGGAACAAACAAAGACGCAAAGCGAAACGCUGGAGUUAACGAGCGCUAAAAGGCAAAAAAAAGCUGAAAAAAGAAAAUCAAGCAGACAGACAGAAACAGAAAAAAGAAUAAAGUUUUGAUUGAAAUUUUCAUUGUGCUUUCAUCCUUUCUGGAUUGUGUAAAUUUCUGAUUAAGUCACACGACACCCUCAACAAAACGCGUGGCGCGAAAAGUAAAAUAAUAUACCCUCCCUUCCUAAAAAAGGAUUCCACACAACUCCAUUCGAUCUAUCGAAACUUGGCAGCAAAUAUCAAAUAUCGAAGAACUUUUUCCGUAAUCGAGCAACAAAGCAAUUGGCAGUUCGUGUUUCAUUAUUUUUGUCAUGACAGUUCGGGCCUACGUUUUGCUAUAUUUUUUAUUGUUUAUGCACAGCAAGAUCGCCGCCUGCGGUUGCCCUGGUCAUAAACAACCCAACUGACUGAUACACAAAAUUGAGCCGUGAACACUGUGAAAUUCGAGUGCGAGUACGAGUGAGUCGGGCAGGAAAAGUCAAAGUCAGCAGGCAGCAGGCAGGAGUUGGAACUGGUAGUCUCACAACCCACCUAACGUCCACACAAAACACCCCGAGAACUCGGGUCGUUGACAAAGUAACGCAUUUAGUGAUAAGAGCCAAACGACUUUGGCGAAAUGAGCAGCCAGAACACCAGGAGCACCAGGAUCCAAGGGGGCCCCAGGAGCAGGAGGAGCACAAGGACGAGCAGCAGCAGCAGCACGGAGAUGGGCCAACUAUUGCUCCUUAUCGGCAUGGCAGUCGCAUCAUGUUUGCCGGGAAUCGAGGGCUUCCAGCGAUUCUCGGAGCAGCCCAAGUACACGGAGGUGAAUCCCGCCGAGGACACGCUGCUCACAUGCAAAGUUAUCGACAAGCGCGGCACGUGCUCCUGGCAAAAGGAUAACAAGCCCGUUGGCAUCUAUACAAAGAAAUACGAAUGGGCCUCACGUAUCCCGAGUAGCGACAAUGGGAACGUCCUGCAUCUGGACCUCCACCCGCCGGCGGUGCAGCUUGGCGGCGACUGCUCCCUGUGGAUCCGCUCCGCCACGCUGGACUUCGACGACGGACUGUGGGAGUGCCAAGUGACGGCCAGUGACUUCACCACCCAGGAUGCCCUCACCAGCCAGCCGGUGCGACUUGUCGUACGUGUGGCGCCGCAGCGGCCGAGGCUCGAGUACGAGGCGGUACACGUGCCGCCAGGACACAACAUCACCGCAGACGCCGGCGCCCUGGCGACGGUCAAGUGCGUCUCGCACUACGGCAAUCCGCCGGCCACUCUCAAAUGGUUUUUGGGCGACCAGGAGAUAUCGCCCAUCCACCCGCAAAUGAAUGCCACCGAGCCGGAUAAUCCACGCACCUGGUCGGCCACCUCGGUGGUGCAGGUGUCUGCAAUGCGGGAGCGCCACGGAGAUAUCCUGCGGUGCGCCGCCUUCCACGAGUCCUACACGGCCAAAUCGGUGGCGGUGGAGGCCCGCCUGGACGUGAAAUACGCGCCGAGCAUCCGUCUAAUUGGCUCGCCGGAAAUCGACUUGGAGGAGGACAAGGAUGCGCUGGUCCUGCGCUGCGUGGCCGAUGCCAAUCCGCCGGCCAGCAUCGUCUGGCGGCGGGCCGGUCGCUCUGAGAUAGCCAGCUUGCAGGAAACUCUGCAAUUGCGUCCCGUCGGACGGCGCGAUGCCGGAUUGUACACCUGCCAGGCGCAGAACUCGGUGGGCACCUCCGAGCAACUCUCGGUGCAGUUGGAUGUGAAAUAUCCUCCCAAAAUUAUUUCAGCUGGCCCGGAUCGUCUCACCACCGCCCCGCUUUUUAGUCCUGCCGCCUUCGAGUGCCUGGCUGAUGGUAAUCCCCUGCCAUCCUUCAAAUGGGUACAGAGAAUGGCCCACGGAUCCAAGUACGUGGAGCGGGGCUCGGAGUCCAGAUUGGUCAUCGACAACGUCACCUACGAGUACCAGGGCGAGUACGAGUGCCGGGCGACCAGCUACAUUAAUGGCCAGGAGCGAGUGGCCAUAUCCGAUCCGGUGUCGCUCCAAGUUGUGGGUGCCCCCCAGGUGCUGCGCCUCCAUCCAUCCCUGCACACCGUCUCCGUGAAGCGAGGAGAGUCGGCCACCCUGACGAUGGUCGUCUGUGCGGAUCCGCGGCCACAGCGCGUCGCCUGGGAAUGGGGAUCUCUGCGUCUGGAGGCCGGCUCGGGCAUCGAUCGCUUCCGGGCCGACGACAUGCAGCCGGACACUCGGGAGGACUGCUACCUGUCCACGUUGCACAUCCUCCACGCGGACGAGCACGACUCGAGGCCCUACUACCUGGUGGUGGAGAACGAGCGGGGCACCGAUCGUCAUGCCAUACACCUGAUUGUGGAGGGUACGUUUGCAGAACCCUACGAGAUGAGCUACCUGAUGGGCGUGGCCGGGGGCUGCAUGGCCGCCAUCCUACUGCUGGUUUGCCUCUGUAUCUAUGCGAUCAAGAGCAAGAGAUGCUGCUUCAAGGGUUCCACGGGCUAUAAAUCAUCGGAUAAAGACAGCGAGAAAGCUGAUUUGAAAUCACGCUCGGAUAGCACGAGUGGCCCUCAAGGUGAUUCGAUUUACACCACGCCUGCGGGCUUCCAUCAUCACCAGCAGCAGCAGCAGCAGCAACAACAGCAGCAGCAGCAACAGCAGCAGCAGCAACACGCCGCAGCAGCAGCAGCAGCGGCCCUACACGCCGCAUCAACCCAACAUGCGCAGCAACAGUACCCGGGACACGGAUCGCCGGAGGCAAUGAAGGUACGCAUGGCUGCAAUGAUAUUACAACCGCCCACUAGGGUCUAGCAGGCAAUUGACACCACUAGCGAGUCCAACGAACAGCUAACGCCACAUGAACAGCAACACGAACUGAUAGACCAGACUAACCAAACGACCCCAAACGAACAGCGACUUGAUGACAGCAACGUAAGCCACAAUAAUAACAACCACAAAACCAGUUCCACAUCGACUACUGCCCUGACCAAUAGCGAUAACAACAAUCUGACCACCUCAGAGGUGGCCAAAAGUGACAAGACCGAUAGUAGCAAUAGUGAGGGCAAUAGUUCACUGACCAGCAGCAAGAGUAG